GGACCCUGUAGUGGAAGAGGAAGUAGAGAGGGAAGCUGAGGUGGUUGUGACACUGCAACAGACCUGGCCCGGCUUCACCGCUGAGGGUUUUUGCCCAAAGCAGGAUCAACAUCACGGUGCAGAUGCCAUGGCCGGCUUGUGGCCCUUGGACGUGGACCGACUUUGUGCUCAACUCGCCUUUCUUUCUUUGUUUUGCUUUUGCACCAUGAGAAGGGAUGUGAUGGGAUUCGUUUCACCCUCCGGGGUUCCUGGGUCUUGCUGCAGCUGUCCAAGUCGACAAUUGCUGUUCUCGAGAUCUGAAAUGCUCAACGAUGCACGACUCCCUUUCAAGCAGAAGUUAAGUUUGACGGCGGAAAAAGGCUGCAACUCCGAAAGAUCCAAGCUGCAUUCGCAUCUGUCACGCCUCAGCUUUGAGCUGCCGUUGUGUCAAACAGAGAAGCUACCUACCUUCAACACAAGGGAAAAGUCAGAGCUUUAUGAAAAGGGCGCAUUGGUCUUGUGGGGAAGUCAUAGGCUUGUGAACGCCAGAGCUCCUGCCAGUCCUGUUUUGAGCCCACGGCGCUCAUGUGAUGCUCAAGGCAUCGCCGGUGGCUUCUCGCCCAACAGCCCUAUGGUGGAACAGGACUAUGCCGAGGGUGCUGAAGUGCGAAUGGGGAACCAUCGUUUCAUUUGCCUCGGCGCCUUGGGUCGUGGCUCUUAUGGUGAAGUCUGGCGAGCCAAGGUCAUCUCAGGAGAGGAUCAUCUCAAAGAAGCGGCUUUGAAAGAAGUGCUCUGCCGCAGCCAAAGUGAGUUGCAGCAGGCAAUCUUCGAGGUCCAAGUCCUCCUUGCCUUGGAGCGCGCGGCUGCUCCACAUGGGGUGGAGCUGCGGGUGCCGCGAUGUAUCUCCUACAAGGUGGCUGCUUCGCCGCGUGGCUGGAGAGUGCGCACUGCCAUGACCGUGGCUCCUGGAGAGUCCUUGGACUUCUUCAUGAGGCGACCUGCGCCUCCAAACGGUGGGUCUGCACCUGCGGUGCGGAAAGCGCUGGUUUUAGCGGCCCGGCUUCUGCGGGACAUCGGGCCUUCCUUGCAGUUGCUGGGGCCAAUUGCUUGGCACCGGGACGUGAACUCCCACAACAUCUUGAUUGAUGGCGCGCCAGAACAUGCAGAUGAGACAUACCUGGCACAGAAUGCCUCCUUUUGGCUGAUUGACUUCGGUCUGGCAGUAGACUCCCAAAGUUGGGUUCCUGCAUUAUUUGCUUCAGCAAGAGGUUCUUCCAAGACCCAGAUUGACUUCUGGCUAGUGACGGAGUACAUCGGCGGAGACAGUCGCUACUGGCCUCCGAGCAGUUGGAUUAUGCACCUCGUCGGCCCUGAGGGCUUCGAGCGACGUCCAGACCUCUGCGAGCAAUAUCAGCGCCGCUUGGAUAUCCAUGGCCUGGGGAUCACGGCACUAGAGUUGCUGUGUUCUGUGGCCAUGUCCAGUGGUGAGGCUGAGGAGCUGCAGCUUUGGACCCCUAUCUUCCGGGCCUGGAAAGCAUACCGCGAGGCUGGAACUGCGGUGUGGCACUGGUGGUCAGUGGUCUAUGCUGUCUUCUCCACUGGGGGGGACCUGGGACCAGUGCAGUCGCAACUAGUGGAGGAGCGACUCAUCGAGCGGCUCUUGGAUUUACUGUCCAAGAUCCGUCGCUCCUUGCGAAACUGCGCUGAACAGCUGGCAGAGACGGCAGAGAAGCCGCAAAAAUUGCUGCGGAUGAUUGCAGAUAUGCUGGACGAAGGGCACUUCUGGGGAACCCUUGGUCCAACAAUACCGACCUUUGGUUUGGUGCUCAUGAAGGUGUCUUUGCGUCUUCCUAAGCAGAUCUUGGGUGGCCCAAAGCUUGAGACGGCUGUGACGCCACCAAGCUUGGGUGGCAAGCCCAAGCGAUUCCACACUUCGCCAACCAACCAGCGUGACCAGCGUGACCAGCGUGACCAGCGAGUGGUGAACAAUGUGCGGAAGGCUGAGGUGGCCCUGCAGGCAGGUUCAUCCCACACCCCAGCCCAUGUCAGCCUCCACUGCGAUCAGCUGCGUUGUCAGGGUCGAUGCGACGGUGUUGAGCGCUUCCAAAGUGCACGGCUUUUGAGUGAUGGUGUGACCACUGGAAGUGCCAGAAAUACCGAGAAGGAACCGAGGCCCACCACCAAUCUUCCUGGCCAUGAUUCUUUGAUACAGCGUAUGCAAAGUGUGGGAGCACAGCUGCGGGAUCGGCGGGUAGAGCUCGCGGCCAGUGCCUUCGAGCAGAAGCUUGGGCAAAUGCGGCGUGAGGUCGUUGGCAAGGACCAAGACAUUGAAUGGCUUCCAGGUAGCGAGACACAGGUUCUGAAUGGAAAG